AUGGAUGUGAUGUCUAGUAACAGUAGUAAUUGUGUAAAUGCUUCAAACCCUUACCAUCAAUGCACACAAGCUUGUUUUCAAAACACAAAGGGAAACAAACCACAAUCUAAUAGAAAAACUAGUUCAACUUAUGGGAGAAGUUUUACACAUGGUGAUCUCGGUAAAAAGGCAAGUAAUGGAGAAACAAGAACUUAUCCUGCUUGUCCUAAAGCUUCUAAUCCUUAUCAUACAUGUGAUGCCAAUUGCAACAACAAUUCAUCAUCCAAUUCAGGUGCUACUCCUCAUUCCAAGAUUGAUCAGAGGAAGAAGAUGGGUUCUAAGCCAGAACCCCCUAUUCUUCACAGUCUUCCACCAACCAAUAAUCUCUCCAAUGCUUCAUCAACAAAACCACAUUACUCUGAGAACAAAGAGAUAGAGUCAAAAAAGGAUGACAUCAUUCCUUCUUCUGGACCAAUUUCUGCUCAAUCACACAUUCCAAAUGUUAUGGUACUGUCUGAAGAACCAGUUAAGGAUAGUGUUGCUGAGGGAAAAGUUGUUGCUUCUGAUGAAAUUGUUCCAAUUACUACUUAUUCUCGCAGCAACAACAACAACAAAGAGGUUGAAACAAGUAGUGAUGGAGAGACGGAUAGUGUGAUAUCUGAAUCUCGUAUUCAAAUCGGAAAAUACAAUGUCAAAGAAAGUUUUGGUUCCAUUCUACAAACAAUACUCGAUAAGUAUGGCGAUAUCGGUGCAAGCUGCGAUUUAGAAUCAGUUGUAAUGCGUUCAUAUUACAUGGAAUGUGUAUGUUUUGUGGUACAAGAAUUACAAUCUUGUUCCGAUUCAUUAACCAAGUCCAAAGUGAACGAGUUGUUGGAUAUUGUUAAGGAUAUUGAAUCUGCUCAUCUUCGCGUCGCAUGGUUGCGUAACACGCUAGAUGAAAUUGCUGAGAAUAUUGAAGUCAUUAGUCGACAUCAAGACAUGGAGAUCGAAAAGGCUAACAAUGAUCGUGAAAUGGAAUCCUUGAGAGAAAAGCUGGAAUCGGAAUUGGUAACAUUGGCUCAGAAACAACAGGAGAUUGCUGAUAUUCAUAUGAGAAUUCCUGAAAUCAGAGAUCGUUUGAGAAAUCUUGAGCAGCUCAUGUCUUCUGGAUUAGUAGAUCAUCAAACCGUGCUGCCUAUCAAGUCCAAGAUUGAUGAGUUAUUAUAA